UCAGUGAGGAGACAAACACAACAGCAGGUCGCGACGUGUGUGACAACUGCAGGACAAGCCGGGCUGAGAGCGCAGGUGCUGGGAGGAGCGAAGCCGAGCUGUCACCGCUGUCAUCCAGGGAGUCACUUCCAGGAACAUUCCCCGAGUUUUGCCUUUUUUUCAUCUAAUUUUUCCCCCCCUUUGCGGAAGACGACAAGUGCCACUUUGGGACACGCACACAUACACACACACAAACACAGAAAGGACGGGGAUUUGUGGAGAGUAAUCAGUGAAAAUAAAGAGCAGGUGAGGCGUUCACGUUCCAGAGUUGCUGCGUUCACGUCCCGGAGUCUAACACCUUAACAUGGCUUCAACGACCUGCACCAGGUUUACUGAUGAGUACCAACUCUACGAGGAGCUCGGAAAAGGUGCUUUCUCUGUGGUGAGGAGGUGCAUGAAGAUUUCCACGGGGCAGGAAUACGCCGCCAAAAUAAUCAAUACCAAGAAGCUGUCUGCCAGGGAUCACCAGAAGUUGGAGCGCGAAGCCAGGAUCUGCCGUCUGCUCAAGCAUGCCAACAUCGUGCGACUCCAUGACAGCAUAUCAGAGGAAGGAUUCCACUACCUGGUCUUUGACUUAGUCACUGGUGGUGAGCUGUUUGAGGACAUCGUUGCCAGGGAGUACUACAGUGAAGCUGACGCCAGUCACUGCAUACAGCAGAUUCUAGAAAGUGUAAAUCACUGCCACAUAAAUGGCAUAGUGCACAGGGAUUUAAAGCCAGAGAAUUUGCUCCUAGCCAGCAAGUCGAAGGGGGCGGCGGUUAAACUGGCCGACUUCGGCCUGGCCAUUGAGGUGCAGGGAGACCAGCAGGCAUGGUUUGGGUUUGCCGGAACUCCAGGGUACCUGUCUCCCGAGGUGCUGAGGAAAGAUCCCUACGGGAAGCCGGUGGACAUGUGGGCGUGUGGUGUGAUCCUCUACAUUCUCCUGGUGGGAUAUCCUCCAUUUUGGGACGAAGACCAGCACAGACUCUACCAACAGAUUAAAGCUGGAGCCUAUGAUUUCCCGUCCCCAGAGUGGGACACGGUGACUCCAGAGGCCAAAGAUCUGAUCAACAAGAUGCUGACCAUCAAUCCAGCCAAGAGAGUCACCGCCACAGACGCUCUCAAACACCCGUGGAUCUGCCAACGCUCCACUGUGGCGUCCAUGAUGCACAGACAGGAGACUGUGGAGUGCCUGAAGAAGUUCAACGCCAGACGGAAACUCAAGGGUGCCAUACUGACAACAAUGCUCGCCACUCGCAACUUCUCAGCAGCCAAGAGCCUGCUGAACAAAAAGCCGGAUGGUGUCAAAAUCAACAACAAGGCCAAUGUGGUCACCAGCCCCAAAGAGCCUGUCCCCACUCCUGCUCUGGAGCCUCAAACCACUGUUAUCCACAACCCAGCUGAUGGAAACAAGGAGUCCAGCGAGAGUGCCAACACUACCAUCGAGGAUGAGGACGUGAGAGCUCGUAAGCAGGAGAUCAUCAAAGUCACAGAGCAGCUGAUUGAGGCCAUCAACAACGGAGACUUUGAGGCCUACACGAAGAUAUGUGAUCCUGGCCUCACGUCCUUCGAGCCGGAAGCUUUGGGAAACUUGGUUGAGGGAACCGACUUUCACCGCUUCUACUUUGAGAAUGCUCUGUCUAAGGCGAAGCUGCCGAUCCACACCAUCCUGCUCAACCCCCACGUCCACCUGAUCGGAGACGAGGCCGCCUGCAUCGCCUACAUCCGACUCACCCAGUACAUCGACGGCAGCGGCAUGCCUCGCACCAUGCAGUCAGAGGAGACACGCAUCUGGCACCGCCGUGACAGCAAGUGGCAGAACAUCCACUUCCACCGCUCCGGCUCGCCCACCGUGCCCACCAAUUGAGAGGAACAUCUAUGAUGACCAAACACCCUCCAGCCUACAACAGUCAGCUGAGAAGACCCCGCCCACCAAGUGUCCAUCUAACCCCACCUCCUCAGCCAAUCCCUGUCCAUGACAGCUAGAGCUCCGCCCUCUUCAGUGUGUUGUUUACAUAUUGUCGCUGCUGGACUGAUUGAUGGUUAUCAUACAUGUAAAAAAAAAAGAAUAAAUUAAGGGAGAAACUUUAUCACUUACAUUUUGUAGUGAGAGUGUGUGAUAUUUCCAUCCACUGCAUGAUUUUAUUUUUAUUUUGUUUUAAUAAAAAGUGUUUGGUUUUUUUCUGAGGAGCCUGUUGGUCAAAUAUGUGAACCUUCCAGUUAUCAUGUAGUGAGACUUUUUUCAUUUAAAUAUUGCACAUAUUCAGGAGCUGUUGUGAUGUGUGUGUUUUUGUUUUAUUGUUUUUUAAACGACUAAUAUAUCACAUAUCUGCUUUUUUUUUUGAAUUGCCACUUCUUGAAGCUCAGACACAGGCUCGCUUUGUUUUGGUGACGUAUAGGUUUAUGGUAUAGUUGACGUGAAUUUCCGCUCUCUUGGCGACGUUGUGCGUUUACUAGGAAUCUUUUGCGACGUAUUAAAAAAAAAAAAAAAGAAAAUGAAUAAAAAGAUGAGUUUAAUUUACGUGUGUUUGAAUCAUCACACGUGUGAAGAGUCUUAUGGUAGAAUGUAAACUAUAGAGAUAUAACGUAUAAAUCCUAACGGCCAUUCUGUGACUCUUUCCAGUUUAAAGUCAUAUUUUUCAUAUUUAGCACACGACUAAUUAUGUGAAUUUUCUUUUUUCUAUUUUGCGUUGUUUACUUUUUUAUAUUGUGACAUUUGUCCCUCUUUUUGUCAUAUUAUCAUAUUUCUUUAACGUUCUUUGUUUGAUUGACACGUCUAUAUUGCUCUGCUUCUUUUCUUUUUUUACCUAUAGUGUAUGUUUAAUUUUACGCCAGUGUUUUUUACAUCACCACAGUUUACACUGGACACCAUUAAAAUAGAGAAAAUAUCAUGUUCACACAACGUCAGUAAGUUUCUGUUGAUUAUUGCAGCUAUGACAAAUUGGAACAUUUUUUGGCCAAAGUUACUAACAAGCAUCUCUGUUAGUUAUUAAUGUGUCUAUAAUUAUGUCACUUAAGGUUUUACAUUUAAUUCAGAUGAUGUCACAUGGUUUCAUUAAUGAUUUUUGCUUCUUUUUUUUUUGCUUUAACACCACUUUUAUUUACUUUUUUAAAAAUCUUCCUAAAGCGCACUUUUAGGAAAACCUGAUGUAUGUUUUAAGAAAAAUAAAAAAAUGUAAUGUGUGAUUUAUGCCAAAAUGAA